AUGGCCAAGCUCCUACAAUUCGCUAACGACACCGGCGCCGACGCAGUCUGGCUCGGGUGCUCCGACUCCCGGUGCCCGGAGACGACGAUCCUCGGCCUGCAGCCAGGCGACGUGUUUGUGCAUCGCAACAUCGCCAACAUCAUCUCGCCCACGGACAUCAACACCUCCGCCGUGAUUGAGUACGCCGUCGCCCACCUCAAGGUGAAGCACGUCGUGCUGUGCGGCCACUCGAGCUGCGGCGGUGCCGCGGCAGCGCUCUCGGACUCACGGGUCGGCGGUGUCCUUGACACUUGGUUGACGCCCCUGAAGGCGGUGCGGUACUCGCACUCUGACGAGCUGAACUCCAUCCGCGAUGACAAGGCCCGCGCGAUCCGCAUCGCCGAGCUCAACGUCGAGGCGGGCGUCAAGGUGCUCAUGGCCAACUUCACGGUGCAGGAUGCGAUCCGCGACCGGGGGCUCGAGGUCCACGGAUGUCUAUUUGACAUUGGCAGCGGCCGCAUUAGAGACCUGGGAGUCGGCAACGCUGCGCUGAAGGGGCGCAUCCCGGGUGGAGAGGAGAUUGUCCGAGGCAAGCAUGCCACGCUUGUCUUCCGGGGCGGGAAUGCAUCCAUGGCUGCGCAAUGA